UUAAUAUUUGACAAUUCUGGUGUGGUGAAUAAGUAAGAGAGAUUUUUUUCCGAUAUUACACAAAGAGGCACAAUUAUUCAAAAUUUCCGAUCAGUUUCUUUUCUUUAUCUUCUUUGGUAUAAGGAAUAAACAAACGAGCUAGAAUGAUGCAUAUAAGCAUACAGCGUGAUUGACCGUCAAAGUCGACAUAAGAGUCUGUAAAACUUUAGAAACCAGUGUGACGAAAUUGGCAACUUGUGUUUCAUAUUCUUUUAUAACGGGAUCUCCAUCGGUAAAGGUUAGGAGCGAAAUUUGCUAAGAAACUUUUUCAGGCGGAAAACAAAAAACAAGAAACACAACAUAAUGGAACUGGCGCCCGUCGCAAGCGAACCUACGAUAAUAAAUCUUAAAAGGGAAAUUGUUGUUUUGUAUAACACGUUAUCGAUUUAUGGAAACGAAAUAACUACUUUAAGAGAUAAAUUGAAAUCCAAAAUAUGUUUAAAAUGUGGACACGAAGCACAAAAUCGUAUGACAAGAGGUACCAGCACACGUGAUUUGAUUCCAUCACAUAAUGUAGGUGUUCAGUUUCCAGAUAUGUUUCCAGAUGCAGAUCUGUAUCCAGAUCCAGAUCUGCUUCCAGAUGCAGAUCAGUUUCCAGAUUCAGAUUUGUUUCCAGAUCCAGAUCUGUUUCCAGAUCCAGAUCUGUUUCCAGAUGCAGAACUCUUUCCAGAUCCAGAUCUGUAUCCCGAACAAGAAUUCUUGACAUUCGAUGAGUACUUGAAAGUUAUAAGCUCAGCAACUCCUAUUAAUGACGCGGCAGAAUUAAUGCCGCCAAGUAUGGAUGAUGAAACGUCUAGUAUGGAUACCGAACUGACAAAUGUUUCUCGUAGCAUUGAUAACAGUACGCAAACAGAUCCGAAACCAAAAAGAACUGUGGGUGAUUUUUGUUCCAUACUACACUUGAUUGUUGAUCAAAUAGAAGAUUUAUUUACAAACCAAGAAAUGAAGAAAGAUAAUGAAACUGAAGAUGAAUCUAAUGAUGAUGAUGAAACAUCAGCGAACGAAGCCAAUGUGAGCCAGAUGCCAGAGAAAUGGAAAGAAAUUUGGGAAAAGAGCAAACAAAAAAAAGUUAGACAUGACAAAGUUGAAAGUAACACCAAUGUAAUGGCAUCUGACCAUAUGCCUAAACUCACCAUUACUCCGUCUAAUAAUAUUUGUACCAACAACAUUGACUAUAUUGGUAUAGGUGAGUAUAUUGCGUCAAAAGUCUUGGAGCUUUAUUAUAAAAAAGAUGUAGCAAAUGAAGUCGAGAGUGAGGAAAACAUUGAGCUAGGCGCAGACCAAAUUGCUAAGAAGUGAAAAAGCGAAAAUACUUUUAAGGAAAAAUUUCAAAGAAAUACCUUAUUCAUAUAUAACUAUAAACUAUUAACUAUAUCAU